AUUUACAUUCGGUUAAGCGAAGAAUGCGUGUUUUGCCACACACAUGUAUAAAUUUGUGGUUCCUUUGCUUUAAAUUAUUCGAAAUUGAAAUAGAGCGGUAAAAACUCCAAACAUGGUUAUUUGUAAUUCGGGAAAGAAGUUGUAACAAUAAUUGAGGUACGAAAAUCGAAACUAAAUGAUUAAGAGUAGUCUCUUAGAUUACGGUUGCCCGCGAUAGAUAAUCAGGAUUAGAAUUUAUCAUCAAUAUAAAACGUACAUUGUCCAAGAAAUUAUAACAUUAACUAUAUCUUUAAAACAAUUUAUGUAUAAGUUUAAUAAAAAUAAUGCCGCCAACUAUACAAAAUGGAACUGCUGAUAAACGAGGUGUAGUAAGACCUACAGAAAAAAGAUUAGAAUUAAUCUGUAAAGUAAAAUACUGCAAUACACUACCAGAUAUUGCAUUUGAUCCCAAAUUUAUAAGUUAUCCUUUUGAAACAACUAGGUUUAUUCAAUAUAAUCCAACAUCCUUAGAGCGUAAUUAUAAAUAUGAAGUAUUAACUGAACAUGAUUUGGGAGUAGAAAUUGAUUUGAUAAAUCGAGAUACAUAUAUUGGAGAUCUAAAUGCUCAGUUGGAUCCAGCAGAUGAAAAAUUAUUAGAAGAAGAUAUUCUUACACCUCAAGAUUCAAAAAGAUCCCGACAUCAUGCGAGAAGUGUAUCUUGGCUUAGACGUACAGAAUAUAUUUCUACAGAACAAACUAGAUUUCAGCCUCAGACAACUUCUGAUAAAGUAGAGGCAAAAGUUGGACACAAUAUUAAGAAACAUUUUAAGGAGGAAACUUUAUACAUGGAUCGUGAUUCUCAAAUUCGAGCAAUAGAAAAAACUUUUGAUGAUAAUAAAAAACUUAUUGAAAAACAUUAUAGUAAACCAAAUGUUCAACCUAUAGAAAUUUUCCCAGUUUAUCCAGAUUUUAAGAUAUGGAAAUAUCCUUGUGCACAAGUUAUUUUUGAUUCUGAUCCAGCUCCUAUGGGUCUUUCAGUACCUGCACAAAUUGAAGAAAUGUCGCAGGCUAUGAUUCGAGGUGUGAUGGAUGAAAGUGGUGAACAAUUUGUUGCUUAUUUCCUACCCUUAGAAGAAACUCUUGAAAAAAGAAAAAGAGAUUUCUGUUCAGGUAUUGAUUAUGCUGAAGAAGAUGAAUAUGAAUACAAAAUGGCUAGAGAAUAUAACUGGAAUGUUAAAAGUAAAGCUUCUAAAGGCUACGAAGAAAACUACUUUCUUGUUUUACGCGAAGAUGGGGUAUACUACAAUGAAUUGGAGACUAGAGUAAGACUCAGUAAACGUAGACAAAAAGCUGGUCAGCCAGUUAAUAAUACCAGACUUGUUGUUCGUCACCGUCCACUAAAUGCCAAUGAAUAUCGAAUGCAACGUUAUAGAGAAAAACAACUAGAGCCUCCUUGUGAGGAUGAUGAAGAUGAUGAUGAAGAAGAGGAGGAGGAGGAGGAGGAGGAGGAGAUAGAAGAGGAAAUGCAAACUCUAAAAAAUACAAACAAAAAUGACGAUAAGGAAAGUUCUGAUAAUGAGGACAAUCAAGAGAAUGAAAAUGAGGUGAACCCAGAACACGAUGGAGAAAAUGAAGGAUCUCGAGCCUCGUCGCGUGUAUCGUCACGAACGUCUAGCCGAAAAUCUAGAUCGAAAUCAGUAUCACGUUCUAAAUCUAGAUCUAGAUCACCUUCAAAAGCGCGUUCAACUCGCUCGGUACAUUCAACACGAAGUCGAUCAAAGUCACGAUCACGAUCUCAAUCGCGAUCUCAAUCACGAUCAAAAUCAAGAUCAAGAUCAGGAUCAAGAUCACGAUCACGAUCACAAUCACGAUCACGAUCUCAGUCUCGUUCACAAUCUCGUUCACUUGAAAAAUCACAUUCUAGAUCUCGAUCAGGUUCUCCUAUAAAAUCACAGUCACGCUCAGUUUCAGGUUCACCUGAGAAAUCACCAUCACGAUCACGUUCCGGAUCACCUACAAAAUCACAGUCAAGAUCAAGAUCAAGAUCAAGAUCCGGUUCUCUUAUAAAAUCUCGAUCUCAAUCACGGUCGCGAUCGCGAUCGAGAUCACGAUCACAAUCAGCUUCAAAAUCAAAAUCAAGAUCUCGAUCUGCUUCAGCUAGUGAAAUUGCAAGUGGUAGCGAGGAGAGUGGAAGUGUCAGUGGUAGCGGUAGCGGCAGUGGUAGUGAAAGUGGUUCAGAAAGCGAAUAAAAUUAUAUUAUAUUAUUUUUAAUUAAAUUUUUAAUGACGAAUAUAUAUAUAUA